UGGCAACACGUUUGUAAUGGUUUAGUAUUAUUUCUAUGGUUGGCAAUAGUGACAUCUGACAUUUACACCAUAACCUUUCUUUUUCAAGUUGACGUUUCACUGACAUCAACGCAAUUUGCAUCAGCAAUCUGUUUACUAAAAACUAAGUGAAAAUGGUGCUCGAUUUAGAUUUGUUCCGUACCGAUAAGGGCGGAAACCCUGAAAAAAUCAGAGAAAGUCAAAAGAAACGUUACAAGGAUGUCGGUCUUGUUGAUAAAGUGGUGGAUUUGGACACCGCAUGGAGACAACUAAGACAUAAAGCGGAUAAUUGGAACAAACUUAAGAAUGUUUGCAGUAAGGAAAUUGGUGAAAAAAUGAAGAAAAAAGAGUCUCAAGGAGAUGCCAAUGAAGCUGUACCAGACAACAUACUGACCAAUCUAGAAACUGUAACUGGGGAUGAUUUGAAAGUUUUAACUGUCAACCAAAUUAAAAAGGUCAGAACCGCCAUAGAUGAGGCCAUAGUAAAAAACGACAAUGACUUACUCAAAACCGAAAAAGAUCGUAAUGAAGCUUUGAAAGAAAUAGGCAACCAUCUACACGAAUCAGUACCAGUUGAUGACGAUGAAGAUCACAAUAAAGUGGAGAGAACUUUUGGCGAUUGCGAGCAACGUAAAAAAUAUUCCCACGUCGAUCUAAUCCAUAUGGUUGAUGGUAUGGAUGGUGAACGAGGUGCCGUGGUCUCAGGUGCUAGAGGAUAUUACCUCAAAGGGGCUGCAGUAUUCUUGGAACAUGCUCUUAUACAGUUAUCUUUAAGGAUUUUGCACAAAAAAGGAUAUACUCCACUGUAUACUCCUUUCUUCAUGAGGAAAGAGAUUAUGCAAGAAGUGGCUCAACUCUCCCAAUUCGACGAAGAAUUGUACAAAGUCAUCGGCAAAGGCAGUGAAAAGGCGGAAGAAAAAGAAAUCGAAGAAAAAUAUCUCAUCGCAACUUCGGAACAACCAAUAGCAGCUUACCAUAGAGAUGAAUGGUUGCCUGAAGCUACUCUACCAAUCAGAUACGCCGGUUUGUCAACUUGCUUCAGACAGGAAGUCGGUUCUCAUGGAAGAGACACCAGGGGAAUUUUUAGAGUGCAUCAGUUUGAAAAGGUAGAACAAUUUUGUUUAACAUCCCCAUUUGAGAACAAAUCGUGGGAAAUGAUGGAUGAAAUGAUCUCCAACGCCGAAGAAUUCUACAAACAACUUGGGAUCCCAUACCGCGUGGUAAACAUCGUAUCAGGAGCACUUAACAACGCAGCUGCUAAAAAACUUGACUUAGAAGCAUGGUUUCCAGGUUCAGGCGCUUACAGAGAAUUGGUUUCUUGCAGCAACUGUCUCGAAUAUCAAGCCAGAAGACUAUUGGUGAGAUACGGGCAAACUAAGAAAAUGAACGCUACUACCGAUUACGUACAUAUGUUGAAUGCUACCAUGUGCGCUGCUACAAGGGUUAUUUGCGCCAUUUUGGAGAACUACCAGACAGAGACAGGAGUUAAGGUACCUGAGGUGUUAAAAGAGUUCAUGCCAGAAAGUUACAAGGAUGAGAUUCCGUUUGUCAAGCCUGCACCUAUUGAUGAGGAGAAAGCCGGCAAAAAGGGAAAGAAGGAAAAUAAGAAGAAAGCUGCCGGAGAGGAAUGACUUUUAUAGGCCAGUUUAUUUAUUUUUUGCAUUUAUAAAUCAAUUUUACCAGUUAUUCCACAAGAUUGUUUUUAAUAAAUCUGCUUUAAUAUAA